GUGUGCAAAUAUCAGGGAUCGAAUGAUGGAAAAAAAUAAAUCAACAGCGGAAGUUGAUGAAGAAAAUUCUAAGGAAGUAGCUUGGAAGGAUUUGGGGAUUGUUGAUACUUUAUGUAAAACAUGUGAAGAUCUAAAGUGGAAAGCACCUACCAAAAUUCAAUGUGAAGCUAUUCCAUUAGCACUACAAGGUAAAGAUGUAAUAGGAUUGGCAGAAACUGGGUCUGGCAAAACAGCUGCUUUUGCACUUCCUAUAUUACAAGCAUUAUUGAAUAGUCCACAAAGAUAUUUUGCUUUAAUUUUAACACCUACUAGGGAAUUGGCAUUUCAAAUAUCAGAACAGUUUGAAGCUUUAGGAUCAAGUAUUGGUGUAAAAUGUGCCGUGAUAGUAGGUGGAAUGGACAUGAUGUCUCAAGCAUUAUUAUUAGCAAAAAAGCCACAUAUUUUAAUUGCCACCCCAGGGAGAUUAGUUGACCAUUUGGAGAACACUAAGGGUUUUAAUCUACGUUCGUUAAAAUUUUUGGUUAUGGAUGAAGCUGAUCGGAUUUUAAAUAUGGAUUUUGAAGUUGAGGUAGACAAAAUUUUAAGGGUAAUUCCCAGAGAAAGGAGAACAUUACUGUUCUCUGCGACAAUGACAAAGAAAGUUCAGAAACUUCAACGUGCAUCUUUGCAAAAUCCAGUUAAAGUAGAAGUUUCAACAAAGUAUCAGACGGUUGAAAAGUUACAACAAUAUUAUAUAUUCGUUCCAGUGAAAUUCAAGGAUGUAUAUUUAGUACAUAUCUUAAACGAACUGGCAGGCAAUAGUUUUAUGAUUUUUUGUGGAACUUGUAAUAAUACAGUCAGGACUGCCCUUCUUAUACGUAAUUUAGGCUUCACUGCAGUCCCAUUACACGGACAAAUGUCACAGAAUAAAAGAAUAGCUGCUCUUACUAAGUUCAAGGCAAAAAAUCGAUCUAUACUUAUAUCUACAGAUGUUGCCAGUAGGGGUCUUGAUAUUCCGCAUGUAGAUAUUGUAAUAAAUUUCGACAUACCUACACACAGCAAAGAUUACAUACAUAGAGUUGGCCGUACUGCGCGUGCUGGCCGUUCCGGUCGUUCCAUUACAUUUGUAACGCAGUAUGAUGUGGAAUUAUAUCAAAGAAUCGAACAGUUGAUAUCAAAACAAUUACCCUUGUAUCCUACGGAAGAAGAGGAAGUAAUGGUGCUUCAGGAGAGAGUAGCUGAAGCACAACGUAUUGUUAAAAUGGAAAUGAAAGACAUUGAAGACAGUAAAAAAUCUGGGAAAAGAAAAAAGCGUGGCGACAAUGAGGACGAUGACACGGAACAAUCUGUUGGAGUCAGGAAAAGAAUACACUUCAAACAUAAAGGAAAGGGAAAAAAAGGUUGAGCGACAUAGUCAUCUUGUAAGAUAUGUUUGUUAAUUCUUAAUAAAUAAUCUGAAC